CAUCUCUAGGAAGUGUGGUAAAAAGGAAAAGAAAAAGUCAGAACUGUUCCAUGAACAGCAGGGCGCCCAGAUAGAAUGAAGUAGGCAAGCGACGGAAAAUACUGAGAAGAUUAGAGAGGCAAUAGUGUUUAAAGCGAAUGUUAACGUGUGUGAGUCACUCUGUAUCUGCAGGUUCACUUAUCUACUGGAUUUGACUGCCGAAGGUGUGUUACUGACUUAAUGCUGAAGUUUACGCACCUGAGAAGAUCUAGUGGUGUAGUUUAGAUUCACUGGCGGCCGAGUCAUUAAAGCACAAAGAAAGAAAUAGCUUCAUAAGUAACGCAAUAUCAGUGACAUGUUUUAGGUUAGGUUGGAGGACAAUAAUUGCAGUUUGUCAUUGGCAACUCUUCUCUGGAUAUCCCAAAGUAACAACGGCUCGUGUUAGAGGAUUUUUCUGUUGGUGCCUUUGAUCUGCGAGGAUUUUUUAAAAAAGGGGGUUCCGAGCUCAAAAGUCUCCUGAAAUCUUCCUCUUUCCUGGAUCAUGUACCAGGACUACUCCGGGAACUACGACACCUCGUCCCGCGGCAGCAGCACCUCUCCGGCCCAGCCAGAGUCCUUCACAAGCGGCAGCAGCACGAUCGGAAGUCCGAUCUCUACCUCAAGUUACCAGAAGUACAGGGUUGACAUGCCUGGCUCCAACAGUGCCUUCAUCCCCACCAUUAAUGCAAUCACGACCAGCCAAGAUCUCCAGUGGAUGGUGCAGCCCACCGUCAUCACCUCCAUGUCCAACCCUUACUCUCGCUCCCACCCGUAUGGCCAUCACUUGACCAGCGGGCCAGGGCUGCUGGGUCACAAUACGCUGCCUCGGCCAGGGGUCAUCCGCUCCAUUGGAGACGCCAGGGGCCGACGCAAGAGGGAUGAGCAGGUGAGGGACGUGGGAUGGCUGUGGCUCACCCCGGAGGAAGAAGAAAAAAGGAGGGUGAGGCGUGAGAGGAACAAGUUAGCCGCCGCCAAAUGCCGCAACCGUAGGCGAGAGCUCACCGAGAUGCUACAGGGGGAGACUGAGAAGCUGGAGGAGGAGAAAGCAGACCUCCAGAAAGAGAUUGAGAACCUACAGAAGGAGAAGGACAAGCUGGAGUUCAUGCUCGUGGCCCACAAUCCCGUGUGCAAGCUGCCCAUGGAGGAGCGCCACCAGCCGCACCAGCAGCAGUGCGCCCCGCUUCCCCUGACCAUGCGCCCCAACAUGGCUGCCCAGGCUCAGAUGAACCAGGUUAUUGUGAAGCAAGAGCCCCAGGACGACGACGUGAGCAAACCCCAGCGCUCCGUCAUCAAGCCCAUCUGCCUAAGCGGUGGUGGUGGGAUGUACUGCACAGAUGGGGAAAGCCUGAACACACCAGUGGUGGCAGCGUCGACCCCAGCCGCCACGCCCAACAACCCUAGCCUCAUAUUCACCUACCCGAACAUGAUGGAGCCCGAGAGCCCAUCACCCUCCUCCGAGUCCUGCUCCAAGGCCCACAGGCGCAGCAGCAGCAGCGGCGACCAGUCCUCAGACUCCCUCAACUCGCCGACACUCCUGGCCCUCUGAGCGAGGGCUCGGCUGCCAAAGCUGAGAAACAAACACUGUGGCUGAAGGCAAGCGUGAGGAUCGACCACUCUCCCCUCCUCCCCUCUGUCUUUCUGAAGACCCAAGAGCACAUUGAAAAGUCCAGACCAAGCUGACCGUGUGAGCCAUGUCCCUUCCAAGGGGAGACCCACAAGGGCUACGCCACGUGUUUCUCCUUGUUGUGCUUCAGUGUAAUAUUUUUUAUCGGUAGACACAUGCGCUCUGAACCCAAACGAGUCUCACCCUUUUGCCAUUUCAACUCGGGUGUCAACUUGUUUACCGAGCGUUACCGGCGUAUUUUGGAAGACAUGCCUGCAUCUGGCAAUUCUAAGUCGACAUGACUUAAACUCAAGAGCAUAUUCUAUUGUUUGUUUUUUUUGUUCCUUUCGUUUGGAAAAAUCUCUAAAAAGCCAUGUUGCACUCUGCCAAGACGAAUCAAUAAAUCACUAAACGAGGUCAGCAUUCUACUGGAAUUUUUAAGGAGAAAAAGAGACAAUGAGCAAAGACUUCCUCUCAUCUAUUUUUCUUUCCGGUUUUAUUCGUCCUUUUCCCACCUUAGACCUUGAUUCAGGAAUUGCUACUAAAAGUGUGUACACGUUGAUGAUGUUAUUUUCAUCUCUUUAAUUGUAUUUAUGGCCUGUGAUGAUUCAGUUUCUACGAUGUGUUUUGUUGAGACAUUGUCCUCUCCUUAAUCUGCCUGUAGAAAAGCAAAGCGCUCAAAGCAGGGUGACUUAAGCACUCCUCAGUGUUGCAAAGGAUACGAGCCAACUGUCAACUAGUUCCUCAAUACUCUAUACCUUCUAUUUUGCCAUAGUGGCUUGACUUUACAGUAGUAUUGGUGUGCUUUUCCUCAGUGAUUCUGUACCUUUAUGACUAAGUGUAUGUGAUUUACAUUGAUGUCAGGGAAAAUCUCUCGUUUGUAGUAGAACCCCAUCGUGAGCCGCGCAGGGGCGCAGGCUGUGGACUGGUCUGGCCCGUGUUGCAGAGAUGGUACUGUCACAUGGAUGGAAGAAACAGAAGAUUUGUCUUUUUGCACAGACAUGAAAGGUUUGAACAAAAACCUCCUCCACCAGAUCCUGCACUCUUUUUGUUUCUUACACUUCUAAAUAAUAAAAUGUCUUACCUUUAUUUUCCUUUCAAUAUUGCCUCCCAGAGGCAGGUCAGGUUUCAAAAAGCCAAAAAGGUCUGUAUGACGUGUAAUCCUGUUAUUCAUUAGUCUCUGUCUGAAUGGAGGGAUUUUGCUCAAAUGUAAGAAAAAGAAAAGCCACUGUGGUCUAGACUGUCGCCAGCUGCCAAUGAUGUCAACUCUGUUUAUACUGUGUUUGUAAAUCUGUCAGGUUUAGUAAAGAAAUUAUGUUUAAACUCAACUCAGAUGUGCUGAUUUAUAGGUGUGUGAACAUACAGCGACCUGGAGGUACUUGGUAGAAACGUAGUGGAAGCUCCACUGGCUUUACAGGCCAGUUCAGCGUUCGACUAUGGGGAAGGAAUAAGAGGCAACACCGUGCAAGGAUGUAACAAAGUUCUAUGAGGCACUUCUUUUGCGUUAUUUUUACUUGUGUAUCUUAAAGGGACGAGGGGUUUCAAUACUGUGCACUGAGAAAAACACAACAGCGUUAUUCGGGAGCUUUUCAUUUACUUCAAACAUUCCUAAUGGAUAUUCUGCCAGGUGUUGAAGGGAGGGGCUGUGUCAUCUUUGCUUGAAGCCUUUUUGUUUGUGUGUAUUUUGAGGAAUUAAAAGUGGCUGGGAGAUUCUGUUGCGCAAAACACUUUGAAACACAAAACAAGCUGCUGCUACAUGUUGGAAGUGAGCGUGUGAGCUCAUUAGAUGUAACAGGACAGAUUUCAUCCUGUGUGACAACGUGAAUAACCAAAAACGUAACUGCAGGCAAGUCUGAUAUGUCUGUAUGUUGAAAUGAUCUGAGGCCCCCUCGACACAUAGGAAAGCCAUUGACUGUAGAUUUCUGCUGUACAUGUCAUCUACUGUCUGUCACCUGUUUUCAACUAUUGCUUCUUUUCCAAAUGCUUUAACUGUUUAAAAUGAUUCAAAAUGAAUAAAAACAGCAAUAUGUAAGCAGUGUUUGUUAAUUUAAAUGACUAAUAAUAAAAAAUCAUUUUGAACUUGGAAA